CGUGAAUUUUAAGGACUACUUGCACUGUUUGAACUGCCAAGGGCUGUUCAGGCGAAAAGCACUUUGGAGGCAUAUGUCAAGGUGUAACCUGGCCAAGAAGUGCCAGGUCACAAAACCAGGUAGAUCCAGAGUUCAAGCACUCUGUGCUUAUGCAGAGCCUGUUCCUGAAGGAGUAACAAAAAAAUUAUGGAAACUGAUCAGUGACAUGAAGCAAGAUGAAGUAACGCACGUGGUUAAAAGUGAUGCAUGCAUCAUCAAGUUUGGAGAACACUUGUGCAACAAAAUGGGGAACGACAAAACCAAGCAUGAAUACAUCAGAACUAAAAUGCGUGAGGCUGGAAGGCUGUUGGUAUCUGCUAGAAAAGUUGGAAAACUGCAGAGUAUUAAAGACUUUUUCAUACCCCAAAACUUCUAUGAUGUUAUUAAGGCCGUUAAAGAUACAGCGGGAUACCGAGAAGAAGAUGAGGUCUUUGCAAUUCCGUCUUUGGCGUUAAAACUGGGGCACAACCUAAAAAAAAUGGCAGAUAUUGCAGAAUGUGAAGCAAUGAUUGCAGGAGAUGAAAACAUUGUCCAAAAGGUAAAAAUGUUUAAGAAAAUGUAUACCACAAAAUGGAAUGAAUUGGUGUCAGCCUCAGCCUUGAAGACACUUAAUGAAGCAAAAUGGAACACUCCAGAGCUUCUUCCUUUUACUGAGGAUGUUAAGAAAAUGCACAUCCAUCUCAGCAAGCAAACUAAACUGUACCAAGAAAAGCUAAAACUUGAGAAAAGUCAAAAGAACUGGUCAAAUCUUGCUCAAGUGACUCUGUGUGAUGUAAUGGUGUUUAAUCGCAGGAGAGCAGGAGAAGUUUCGAAAAUGAAGUUGAAUUCAUAUCUUCUCCGAAACACAUCUGUUUUGCAUUCUGAUGUCGCGGUUGCUUUAUCUAAAGUUGAGCAGAAGCUCUGUCAGCAUUUCCAACGUGUUGAAAUUAGAGGCAAGCGAGACAGAAAGGUGCCAAUACUCCUGACCCCAAGUAUGCUGGACUCCAUGGAGCUACUUGUAAAGAAUCGUCAAGCAUGUGGUGUACAUGAUGAAAAUCUUUUUUUUUUCGCAAAACCCAUGACUGAGACAUCAUACUACAAAGGCACGGAUUGCAUCAGGAAGGUUGCCUACCAGUGUGGAGCUGAACAUCCAAAGACUCUAAAAACCACAAAGCUGCGGAAACACAUUGCAACACUUUCUACAGUGCUUAAUCUGAGAGAUACUGAUAUGGACCAAUUGGCAGAUUUUAUGGGACAUGAUAUAAGAGUUCAUAGAAACUUUUACCGACUGCCUGAAGGGACGUUACAACUAGCAAAGAUCAGCAAGGUGCUGAUGGCCCUUGAACAGGGAAGGGUAUCAGAAUUCAAGGGGAAAAACCUUGAUGAAAUUAACCUUGAUCCUAAUGAGAAAGUGAAUGUAGAGACUGAUGUUUCUGAAACUGAUGUUUCUGAAACUGAGGAUGAAGAAAGUGAGGGUGAGAUGCCACAGCCAAAAAAACGACGUCGGUCCUCUUCAACAUCUAUAGCGGAAUCUUCAGUUGGCACCAAGUCUUUGAGGGAAAUGCCACAGCAAGAGAAGCAAUGUCAGUCCCCUUCAACAUCUACAGAAGAAAAUUCAUUUGCCCGCAAGUCGGCAAAGGAGAGAGCGACGACUUCAAACUCAGGUUUGUCAAAAUGCCCCAAAAGAAAGUGGACAGAAGAGGAGGUGAAGGCAGUUGAAAACAAACUUUUAGACUGCAUCACAUCUGGCAGGUUACCAGGGAUAAGACAGUGUGAAGACUGCAUCAGGUCAGCGCCGGAAUUGCUUAAAAACAGAACCUGGAAAUCAGUGAAGUUUUAUGUCAAGAACCGAAUAACAGCAUUCAGGAGAGAGUGUGAGAAAAGAAAGAAAAUGUAAUGUCUCAGGUCAGAUUAUUCCUUUUUUUUUCAGGGAAAUCAAGCACUUUUAAGUUCCAAGAAAAGUUUUUGUACUUGCAUUCGUACAAUUAGUUCUGUGUUUGCACUUAUAUUCGUGCGAUGAGAUCUGUGUUUGCACUUGCAUUCGUACGAUGAGAUAUCUGUGAUUGCACUUUUAUUCGUACGUUGAGUUUUCUAAGAGAAGUUUUUGUACUUGUAUUCGUACGAUGAGAUUUCUAAAUUUUUGCACUUUUAUUUGUACGAUGAGUUUUCUAAAAGAAGUUUUUGCACACUUAUUCGUACGAUGAGAUAUCUGUGUUUGCACUUUUAUUCGUACGUUGAGUUUUCUAAGAAAAGUUUUUGUACUUGUAUUCGUACGAUGAGAUUUCUAAGAGAAGUUUUUGCACACUUAUUCGUAUGAUGAGAUAUCUGUGUUUGCACUUUUAUUCGUACGUUGAGUUUUCUAAGAAAAGUUUUUGUACUUGUAUUCGUAUGAUGAGAUUUCUAAGAGAAGUUUUUGCACACUUAUUCGUACGAUGAGAUAUCUGUGUUUGGACUUAUAUUCAUACGAUGAGAUCUAUGUUUGCACUUGUAUUCGUACGAUGAGAUUUCUAAGUUUUUGCAGUUUUCUAAGAGAAGUUUUUGUACUUCGAAAUCUCAUCGUACGAAUACAAGUACAAGAACUUUUCUUAAAAAACUCAACGUAUAAAGAAAAGUUUUUGUACUUGCAUUCGUACAAUUAGUUCUGUGUUUGCACUUAUAUUCGUGCGAUGAGAUCUGUGUUUGCACUUGCAUUCGUACGAUGAGAUAUCUGUGAUUGCACUUUUAUUCGUACGUUGAGUUUUCUAAGAGAAGUUUUUGUACUUGUAUUCGUAUGAUGAGAUUUCUACAUUUUUGCACUUUUAUUUGUACGAUGAGUUUUCUAAGAAGUUUUUGCACACUUAUUCGUACGAUGAGAUAUCUGUGUUUGGACUUGUAUUCGUACGAUGAGAUUUCUAAGAGAAGUUUUUGCACACUUAUUUGUACGAUGAGAUAUCUGUGUUUGCACUGUUAUUCGUACGUUGAGUUUUCUAAGAGAAGUUUUUGUACUUGUAUUCGUACGAUGAGAUUUCUAAGAGAAGAUUUUGCACACUUAUUCGUAUGAUGAGAUAUCUGUGUUUGGACUUAUAUUCAUACGAUGAGAUCUAUGUUUGCACUUGUAUUCGUACGAUGAGAUUUCUAAGUUUUUGCAGUUUUCUAAGAGAAGUUUUUGUACUUCAAAAUCUCAUCGUACGAAUACAAGUACAAGAACUUUUCUUAGAAAACUCAUCGUACAAAUAAAAGUCCAAAAAUGUAGAAAUCUCAUUGUACGAAUAAUUUUUUUUUGCACUUUUAUUUGUACAAUGUGUUUUCUAAGAGAAGUUUUUGUACUUGUAUAAGUACAAUUAGUUCUGUGUUUGCACUUAUAUUUGUGCAAUGAGAUCUUUGUUUGCACUUGUAUUCGUACGAUGAGAUAUCUGUGUUUGCACUUGUAUUCGUACAGUGAGACAUCUGUGUUUGCACUUGUAUUCGUACGAUGAGAUAUCUAAGUGUGAUAAAUAAAAGAAGUACUUUUUUUCCAAAUGACAAUUUAUUUGAAUGCAAUUUAUUUUAUUUGAAAUUUAAUCUAUUUGCAAUACAUUUGUGAUAAGUGGUAGCUAGGGUUUCCAACUUCACAAAGAAAAAAUAUGGGACAAUUGUGUAUAAUAUACUUAAAUACUUGAAAUGUAGAUUUAACAUGGACGGCUUUUGGUACUUGACACUUUGUUGUGUUUUCUUACAUGGCUAGAUGUUGGACUCAUGAAAAAGAAGCACCUUAUUUGUAUCUGUAAAACAAUUUUUUCAAAGAUAAAUAAACAUUAACAUCUUUACAGAAUAAAACCACAAAAUAACAGCAUCAUGCAAAGCAUUCAAAGCACCAAAAUCUAAAGAAAUGUUUAAUGUUAAUUUAUCUUUGAAAAAACUGUUGCCAGUAAAUAACAAUCUUUUAAAUCUACAGCAAGUUACUGGCAAACAGCUGCAUAACUCAGCAAAUGUUACAGUGUUAGCAGGGAGC